CUCCACUCCUACUGUUCUUUCGUCUUUUGUGCCAACUUCAAAUAUGUCGAGUACUUUAGCCCCUGCUGCUGCUCGAGUUUACACCAAGAGUGAAUCGCCACGACCACCUUUCCCCAAAGGCGAAUUGCCGCCUAUGUUCGACGACAAGGUCACCUCUCAAAAUUGGCAUAAGAAAGUCAAUUGGAUUCAUUUCACUCUGUUGGUUGGUACUCCUCUUAUUGGCCUCUAUGGUGCUCUCACCACCACUCUCCAGACCAAGACUUUGAUCUGGUCCAUUAUCUAUUAUUACAUCACUGGUCUCGGUAUCACUGCUGGAUAUCAUAGAUAUUGGGCACAUCGUUCAUACCGUGCCAGCGAACUCUUCCGUUGGAUUCUUUGCCUUGCUGGAAGUGGUGCUGUCGAAGGUUCCAUUCAAUGGUGGUCUCGCGGUCAUCGUGCUCAUCACAGAUGGACCGAUACCGACAAGGACCCCUAUAGUGCCCACAGAGGUCUCUUUUUCUCUCACUUGGGAUGGAUGCUUGUCAACCGCCCUAAGAACCGUAUUGGUUAUGCCGAUACUGCUGAUUUGAAAGCCGACCCCAUCGUCAAAGUCCAACAAAAGCACUACCCUUGGUUCGCCUUGGUCAUGGGUUUCAUUUUCCCUACCUUGGUUGCUGGUCUUGGCUGGGGUGAUUACCGUGGUGGCUAUUUCUACGCCGGUGUUCUCCGUCUCGUUUUCGUUCACCACGCUACUUUCUGCGUUAACUCUCUUGCUCAUUUCCUUGGUGACACUACCUUCGAUGAUGAACACACUCCCCGUGAUCAUUUCAUCACUGCCUUGGUCACCAUGGGUGAAGGUUACCACAACAUGCACCACUCCUUCCCUCAAGAUUAUCGCAACGCUAUCAUGAUUCACCAAUACGACCCUACCAAGUGGCUCAUCUGGUUAUGCUCAUUGGUUGGUUUGACUUACGAUCUCAAGGUCUUCCCUGCCAACGAAAUGACCAAGGGAAGAAUUUACAUGGAAGAAAAGAAGAUUGAAGCCCAGAAGAAGAAGCUCAAGUGGGGUAUUCCUCUUGAACAACUCCCCGUCUUCAGCUGGGAUGAGUUCCAAGAAGCCGUCAACGAGAAGAACUGCAAGUGGGUUUUGCUCGAAGGUAUUCUCUACGAUAUCGAAAACUUCAUGGAGGACCAUCCCGGUGGUUUGUCCUAUAUCAAGGGUUUUGUCGGCAAAGACGCUACUGGAGCCUUCAAUGGCGGUGUCUACAACCACUCCAAUGGUGCUCGCAACCUUCUUUCCACCAUGCGAUGCGGUGUUGUCGAAGGUGGUAUGGAAGUUGAAAGCAUGAAGAAGCAAAACUAGAUUAUACAAUGCACUUCCUAUCAAACCCACAAAAACAUAUAACUGCAUGCUUUUUUCCUCUUUCACUUACAGCACUUGCCACUGUACCAUUAUCUUUUC